AUGGCCAGAACUCGACUCCAAAAGUCUACAACGGACUACUUUUCAAAGCUCUCUCCCGAUAUCCUGCGCUUCAUAUUUGCAUAUUUCUGCCCCCACUGUUGCAACGAGUAUCAGUGGCCCUUUGGGGCGCCGCCAGAGCCAAAGAGAGUUGAAUAUGACACGACCUCGUACAAUUUAUGUCUGGUCUCGCGGUAUUUUCGACCCUUUGCCCAAGAAGUAUUACACCAUUCCUUCGAUCCCUAUUAUACAACUUGGGACGUCCCGAAUCCGUGGGAGCGACGGCUUGAGCCAUUCCUUCAGACCAUUGCUUCUCGUCCAGACCUAGCUCGCGCUGUCAAAACUGUCUUUUUGAAAAACCGCUUGGUUGAAUCACUAGACUUUGAUCAAAGUCGAAAAGCUUUCGAUACUUGUGCACGUACCUUUGGAAGCAGUGCCCAAGACCUCUAUCACAAAAGCCACAGUACUCGCUCUUCUGCCAUAAAACGAGCUUUUCUUCGAGGGACACGUCCUCCUAAAUACAUGAGGUCGCGAGAUUUCAUCCCCAUAGUCGCAGGCCAACUUCUGUCCAUUCUGGUGGCUAUCCUCCCGAACCUUGAUCACAUUAGUAUUGAAGAAGAUCGCCGGUGGCGGUUCGAUGUAUCACCUGCUACCUUCGACGUCCUGGGCGUCAGCUCUAUUACUCUCAAGAUACUUGAGACCGAAUAUGCUCUCCCAAACUUACUUGCCCGGACGCCGGAGCUUGAGACCUUGGUUACUUCUGCGUCAGGCGAGUUCCCCAAUAUGCCUUGCUUACGAAAACUUCACAUCCGAUCCAAGAACGUCGUUCCCGCCCCUGCCAUAGACCACAUUCUAUCAGCUUGUACCGGUACUCUAUCCACAUUCUCUUACACUUCGUUCGACUCUGACGUCCUGGGCGUGGUGAACCUCCUCGACGAGCCAAGGUUUCACACCAGCCUUGAGACUCUGCAUCUUAACAUGCUAAACACCGGUAGCCAAGGUGAUCACAAAAUACCCAGCUUAAAGCAAUUCGCCCAACUCAAGAGACUCUUCCUCCCCACAUACCUUCUAUACGGCCCGAAAUACCCCACCUGUUGCCGGGGGAAAUGCAAGGUCAAGUCUCUUGUUGACAUCCUUCCGUCUAGCAUCAUCUCUCUUGAUCUCUCGGAACGGACGCAGACCCCAAAUGGCCCUAUGUAUGAUGAUCUGCUCAUCUUAUCCAAGGAUGUGGCUUUCACCUUCCCGCAGCUAAAAGAGAUUCGAAGCAAUGCUGAUCAUGUCUGCGAUGAGUACCCUCAGGCUUUGCUCAAGAGCGUUGGGGUCGACCUCAUACAUCAGGAUCUGAACAUAUGUUGCUGGAUAGACACAGUUGUUAGGAUCUUGGGCUCGGGGGAUUGUUAUCAUUAUGAUGAAUUUGGAUGUAGCGGUGGCGGUAUGCCUUUGCCUAGUGAAUUGUCGGAUGAAGAUUUGUGA